AUGUGUGAUUUUACAUUCAGCGGUUUAGUGUAAUUGUUUUUGACUCAAUUUGUGCUUCAUAUAUUUGCAGAUACGCAUUGUGUCGCAACUUCUAAAACUAAUAACUAUUUUAUGGUGUUUAAAGAUUGCCAAUAGUUUUGUUCCAAUAUGGAAUCUUAACAUUUAACACUUAUAGAGAAGUAUGAAUAAAAUAGUAAUCAAUAGAUUUUGCAAUAUUUUUCUCUGGUCAGGAUUUAUUGUCUGCAUAGCUGGUACAAUAAGAGCAAUCACAUUAACAGCUUUGGCUACAAAAAACAACAAAUAAAGGCAAGCGCUAAAUGUAUGA